AUGCCUACUACCAGAAAAAAGACGAUCAAAACUGUAUAUAAAGAUGAGAAUAGCGAUGAGGAAAAAGGCGGCGAUUUCAGCGACUCAGGUUCAGACGCGAAAAUAUCUGAACCAUCGAGCUCUGAAGAAGAUCAAAUUGAAUCCGAACAUUCAUCUGCAGAUGAGUUUGAUGAAAAACCAAAAAACUUGAAACGGAAUCGUAAACAGCCUGUAAAAAAACCCAAACUUACAAAGAAAUUAAUUGAAAAAAUUAAUAAACAAACCACAGGAGGCGAUGAAAGUUUAAAUGAAAAUCAUUUUCCUGCAAUAUUCUCUAUCAAAGACCUCACUGAAGCAGAUAAAUUAUUACCUUCAAUUCUAAAUUUAUCUGAAAGUGAUAGCAGUGAUGAUGAAUCUCCAAGAAUCAGCAAGAAUAAUACAAUAUCACUUCAGCACACCGAACAACAAGCAGACAGUGAUAAUGAAGUUGUUACAGAAUAUAAAGAUGUGUUCUCAAAUAACAUACAAAUACAGGAUGACAGUGAAGAAAUUGCCAAGAAGACCUUCAUGGAACUUGAACAACAUAAAUCUAAAGUUGAGAAAACUAAAGCUACAUUACAGAACUACACAUUAAAACUAAAAGAACGGGAAUCAGAUGUAAAAGAUUUGCUAGCUUUAGGUGAAGAGGCAUUACCAUCACCCAAAAUGGGUGCUAUUAGUAAGAAACCUAAGUUCAGAAAACAUAAGGAUAACAGUGACUCAGAAAUGGAAGACUGGGAAGAAGUUAAAGACACAAAAACAAUUCCUCAGCAAGGCAUACAACUGUUUGUGGAAUUUCCUGAUGCUGGCUAUAAGAAGAAAAAAAAAAUUGAUGUUGAAAUGAUGAUGAAACGGAAAAUUAAUAGGGUCAAGAAAGAAUACCAAGUGUAUAUGCAUAAAGUACAUGUCCUGUGUUGGUUGGGUCAUGGAAAUUAUAUUAGCCGAAUAUUGAAUGAUCAAGAAGUUAUGGCAGCUGCACUGUCUUUAGUACCCUCGAAAGAGUGUUAUCCAGGCGAAAGAGUAGACAUGAAAUAUUUAGAACAAAUCACAACAUGGUACAAGGAUAAAUUAACAUUAAAACAAGAUAAAAAUGAAGAUAAAUUCAAACCAAAAGCUCCCGCACUGAAAAUUAUAUUAUUAGAUCAAAUCAAAAAGAGAGUUGUGACAGCAAAAAAAUACUUGGCAUAUAUUUUUGUGUGCAUGUUACGAGCGCUGGGCCUACAAUGUCGUGUUAUUUUUAAUUUUGUAACAUUACCGUUAAAACCUCCUACUUCGGAAUUGUGCUCACUUUCGACAAAAUCCAAUGAUCAAAAGACAAAUCAAGAAACAAAAUUAAAAACACCAAAAUUAGUAAACUCCAAAACGAAAUCCUCAACCAACAGUCCUAAGGCAGAGCCAAAAGCAAGUACUAGUAAAGACAAUCCAAAAAAUCUAAAAGUACCUCAAUUAGAUGGCAACAUUGAUGAAUGUUUUGAGAACGAAAAUGUACAUGUUCAUUGGAGUGACAGGUAUCAUACCACCGAAGUUAUCAUGCAAGUCGAUGGUAAUGAUGAUGUUAGCACUUCCAAGAAAACCAAACCUGUCAAAAGGCCUAAAACAGAUGUUCUAGAUGUAUCACCUCCUAAAAUACAAAAAAAGAGUGGGCAUAGUUCUCCUAAACCGAAUGCUAGUCCUAGUAAAAUCAAAGAUAUAGAUGUUAAUAAUGAGGAUCAAUUUAGUAAAAAGGAUACAAAAAAGAAAUGUGACCCAAUUAAUAGUUGUCAACGUUUCAGUAAUGCUAAAACACCCGAUAAGGAUCCAACUAACAAUCCAACCUGUAACAAUAUCAAUAAAGCACCAAAUGCCAGUCGAACGUCAAACAGAACCACUAAAAGUAGAGCCCAAAAUAACACAAAAGCUGUAACUUCAGCCAAGAAUGAUAAAUUAAAAAUACCAAACAUCACAGUAUCUGAUGAAAAUAGGAAAGAAGUAGCCAGCGAAUAUUUCGAAAAUCCAAAAGCUGAUGAUAAAGUCAAACGGCUGUCGAGGAAACGAGCACUAACUACAAAUCCUACUUCUUCAAAAAGUAAUAGUAAAGUUGAAGAAAAAGAAACUGUUACGAAAGCAAAAGGCAGGACGAAAAGUGCUCCAGGCUCUGCUUUUGAAAAGAGUAAAUAUUUUGAAAGUAGCAAAUCUAGACAAAACACACCAAAAAGGCCAGCACGAAAAGCUAAAGAAGAAAAGUCUGAAGACCAGGAGAGAGUUAGUCACAGAGAUCUAGCAAAAAGCAAUAAUAAAGGCAAAACGGAUGUAACAGGAGAUUUGGUGGAUAUUAUUAAAACCAGAAUCAAAGAGUCUAAGCUAAUAACAAAAAAAGGAAUAGGGAAAAUCAGUCAUGAUUCGGGAGAAGAUAGUGACUAUUUGCCAGUAGAAGAUAUUAAACGCCGUAAAUCAGGCAGUGAUGAUGAUUUUAAACCUACAAAAAUCAGCCCAAAGCCGAGUACAAGUCGUCGUAUAGACCGAAGAGUGUUAUCAACAUCAACUGAUGAAGGAGCUGUUAAGAAAAAUAAAGUUGAUAUAUGGUGCGAAAUAUUUGUUGAAGAAUUGGAACAAUGGAUUUCUGUUGAUGUUGUUAAGGGAAAAAUACAUUCUACUAAAGAUUUUUAUGCAAAUGCAACGCAUCCCGUGUGCUAUGUCGUCGGUUGGGACAACAAUAAUUAUCUAAAGGAUUUGACUCGUAAAUACGUGCCACACUUCAACACGGAAACUCGCAAACUUCGCGUAGACCCACCAUGGUGGGAUACAGCCGUGAGCCCGUAUCUUGGACCUAAGACAGCUCGAGACAGGGAGGAAGACGAGUAUUUGAGCAGAAUGCAGUUGGAAGCGCCUUUGCCUAAGAGUAUUGCUGAAUACAAAAAUCAUCCCCUAUACGCGUUAAAAAGACAUCUAUUAAAGUUCGAAGCAAUAUACCCGCCUGAUGCGGCAUCUUUGGGUUUUGUCCGAGGCGAGCCCGUAUAUGCACGAGAGUGUGUGUACACAUGUCGAUCUAGGGACACGUGGCUCAAGGAAGCUAAGGUCGUCAAACUUGGAGAAAAUGCUUACAAAGUUGUAAAAGCUCGACCUAAGUGGGAUAAGCUUUCUAAUAAGCUCAUUACUGACAAACCUUUAGAAGUGUUUGGACCGUGGCAAGUACAAGAUUAUGAACCACCAGUUGCCGAAAACGGUGUAGUACCGAGAAACGCAUAUGGCAAUGUUGAACUAUUUAAAGAAUGCAUGUUGCCAAAAGGAACUGUUCACAUCAAGUUACCUGGUUUGAAUAGGGUAGCAAAGAAAUUAAACAUUGAUUGUGCUCCGGCAAUGACUGGUUUCGAUUUUAAUGGUGGCUGGUCCCAUCCAGUUUAUGACGGGUUCGUUGUUUGUGAGGAGUUUGAAACAAUCGUCACCGAGGCAUGGGUUAAGGAUCAAGAAGAGUUAGAGCGCAAAGAGCGCGAAAAGGUAGAACUAAGAGUGUAUGGAAACUGGAAACGGUUGAUUAAAGGGUUGUUGAUUCGUGAACGACUUAAAAAUAAAUACGGCUUUGAGAAACCUACUACAUCAGUUAAAGGUAAAUCAAAAGGGCCCAAAUUAGUCGUUAAGAAAAAGUCUUGA